AUGAUUGACGUCUUUGUACUGAAGAUUGAAAAUCCAGACUGCUUUUGGGUUCAUGUAAAAGGAGGUGGAAGAUUUGUAGAAAAUGAAACAGAAUAUAAAAAACUUCAUGAAGAAAUGAAUAUAUUCUAUAACAAAUCAUACAGAGGUAUGGAUGAAAUCAAGCCAUCCGUGUUAGAAGAAGGGCAGGUUUGUGUUGUUUAUUGCCAGGAGCUGAAAUCCUGGUGCCGAGCCAUUGUUAAGUCAAUCAUUUCAUGUACAGAUUAUUACCUUGUUGACUGCUUCCUUGUAGACCACGCCAAGAGUGUUCCUGUGAAAACAGACAAGAUUUGCAUCGCCUUAGAGUCAUUUAUGAGACUGCCUUACAGGGCAAAGAAGUUUAGGCUGUACUGUACAAAACCAAUGACCCUACGUGUCGACUACUGUAGCAACAAUGCAGAGAUUGUCCCUGCUAACAGGUGGGAUGUUGCAGCUAUCAAAUACUUCCAAAACCUUCUGAAUGCAACCGCCAAAGUCGAGGCCAAGUUAUGUGCUGUUGAAGAUGAGAGUUUUGAUGUGUACCUUUAUGUCACAAUAAAGGGUCAAAAGGUAUGUGUGAAUGAUGAUCUUGUUGCAAAAAACUUUGCCUACUAUGAGACGAAAAAAGGUGAAAUACUGCAUAUUGCAGAAAAACAAAAGAUGCAGCCAUCUUUAAGCCCCAGAUCGCCUUCUGAGAAGAUCAACCCUGCAUUUGUUCUGUGGCCAACAUUGUUGCAAGCCAAGGAAUGCAACAGUUUUAAUACAUAUGCUGCUGUGUCUGAUAAUGCUGAGAAAGUGAAACAUGAGAAUCUCCAUGAAACUGCCUCCCAUAAUGGAGAAACUACCUCCCAUAGAGUAAUAGAUGUAGUGGUGACUGUUCCCCCUUUGGAAAAAGGCAUCACAGUUUCCGUGCAAGCAGAUGAGAAGACUGAAAGCACAUUACAUCAGAAAACUGCUCAAAAGCAAAAGGAGAUAGAGCAAAGACUUGAUAAGGAAACUUGUCUGAAGCUUCUACAGUUUUUAAACCCUGAUCCAUUGGAAGCUAAGGAAAGACAUGAUGAGAAAGAGGGGUUUCAUAUGAAUGCCAGCGUAGGACAUCCUGUUGUUCUUAGUAAUGAAAUUGACCCAUGCACCACUCUUGAAACAGCACCUCUCUUUCCUGGAAUGAGAAAGGAGCUUCUCCGGAAUCAAGUCUUAGGUCCUAACCACAUACAGUCAUAUUCCUGGCCACCGAUAGCUCGUGGGUGUGAUUCAGUUAUCAUCUCUCCUGAAAAUGAUCCCCUUGUGUAUCUUCCACCACUUAUUACGUUCUUGCAAUCAAGAAGUUGCUAUGUGUCACUGCCAACUAGGAAUGGUCCCGUAGCAUUAAUCAUAUGCCCCGGAUGGAAGAAAGCUGAACAAGUAUUUGAGUUACUAGAAAUUUACACUCGGUGCUCUAGGCCUCUUCAUCCCAAUUUGGUUUUACUGGGAUUGAACACAGAAGAAAUCAAAAGCAUGAAACUUCCAAGAGGAUGUGAGGUCAUUAUAACAACCCCUCAUAACGUUUUGCGGCUGCUUGAAUGCCACAGUUUAACGUUCCUCAGGCUUUGUCAUCUUGUGUUUGAUGAGGCUGAGGUACUGUUUUCUGAAGCCAAUGAACAAAUGUUAAAUAUUUUAGAGUAUUGCAAAAAUCACUUCAGCAUUGAAGAGAGGGAAUCUGCACCAUGGCAGAUUGUUGCUAUUGGAAGGCAUUGGAACAAAAAAUUGGAAUAUUUAACCCAAGAAUUCAUGAAUGAUCCAUAUGUUGUGAUUACAGCCAUGGAAGAAGCAGCCAUAUAUGGGAAUGUACAACAGAUGGUACAGCUGUGCCUUGAGUGUGACAAAGUCUCUACAUUACUUCAAGUGCUGGAUUUUACUCCUACUAGUACUCAGAAGACGUUGGUUUUUACCAGUUCUAAGGAAGAAACAGAUACAGUUUCCAAGGCGGUGGAGAGCACUUCAAUAUUCUGCUUGAAAGUACAGCCAGGAAUUGAUUUUGAUUAUGUGGUAGCGCAGUGGAACAAAAAAUUUAGCUCUGGCACACAUGCUGUGUUAGUUUUAACUGAUGACUGCAUGUCAGCCCUAGGAAUUACUGAUGCAACACAUAUCGUCCAUUUCAGCUUUCCCACCUCCCCAAGAAUCUUUGGUGCGCGUUUGUAUGGCAUGUCUGCUAACUUCCAAAAUUCAGUAGAAAAGGUUUUGUCUCUACAACAAGGAGAUCCAAAGGCAAAGUCCAUCUUGUUGUUGACAGAAAAGAGUGCAUGCCAUGCUGCUGGGGUGCUUCGUUAUUUAGAACGCACGAAAGCCAAAAUCCCACCAGAGUUGUGUGACUUUAUAGCAGGAGUACUGGAAGCCAAAGAAGAUAGUAAGAGUGGGCAGCCGCUCUGUCGCUACCUCAAAAUAUUUGGCAUUUGCAAGGAUAAAAACCGCUGUCCGGAUCGACAUCGAAUUAAUUUGCAAAUAGAUUUGCCCCGAAAGCUAACAGAUGAAACUCUGCCUACUGCGGGUAAUGUAACGAUACUACCGCUUUUUAUUGUGGAUGCCACCCAGUACUUUGGCCGCAUAGUAGGUAAACCAAAGGAUCAGUAUGCAACCCUUGCAGAAGAGCUGAAUGAGUAUUAUAAGAAAGCUAGCAAUCGCAUCUCUGUUGAUUCAGUGGAGAAACUGGCAAUGUGCGGAUUACAAGAAGAAAACUCUUUCCACAGGGUUCAAGUACUCCAAGUAGCAGCAAAAGAAGAAAACUGUGUGUUUUAUAGUGUUCAUAUCAAGUACAUAGACGAAGGCCGAUCUGGUCAGGUCCAGAAUUAUCAGUUGCUUCACUUGCCAGAGAAGUUUCAAGUCUUACCCCCUCAGGCUGUGGAAUUUAUCGUUUGUCGGGCUAAACCUAUUGACAAAGAAACAGAUUGGCAUCCAAAGGUUAUUAGACACAUUCAUCAAAAGAUCCAAGGGAAACCACACGAAGCAAAAAUAAUACUUACUUUGGAAAACACUAUUUGGGUAGAUCCAGUGGUCCGAGUCACUAGACUCUUAGAUCUGAAGACUUCUAUCAAUGAAUACAAUGUCCGUUCUGAGAUUCUCUCUACUGGAAUGGGAGUUGACAAUCCAGAGCACACACAAGAACUCCAGAAGUUGUUUCAAAAUGCUUCAAUGGCCCCUGAGAAAAAAGAUUUGCCUCUAUUAGUGCCUCUUCUGAAAUGUGGGAAAAGUGAGUUGGCUGUACCUGCUGAGCAAAACAUGUUGGACCCAAUCAGUCUGAGUUCACACGGCACCCAGGAAGAGGUCAGGUCCAGCGUGCAAAGUGCAGAAGAUGAUGCCGUUACUGAUGAUGGUUGCUUCCAAGAGAUUUUGCAAAAUCACUGUGAUGGAGCUCCACAAAAUAAGAAAGCAGAAGACUCUCCACAGCCGCCUUGCAAAUGUCCAAUGGAGGAGACCAGCAAGGUGCUUCUAAGAAACUCGCCAGCAGGGCCUGAAGGAGAUGACCACCCUGUAAUAGUAGCCCCGCCAUCUGGUAGUCAGAGCUUCUAUCCAUUAAUAAAAUGGUUUGACAAGCCGGAUGUCACUGUUGUGAAGAUAAAAUUACAGGACGUUACCAGCCAUGACUGCAAGUUCUUCCCACAGAGGAUUAUCUUCAGUGCUUCUGCAGGAGGCAGAUUCUACUUGGCAGAUAUGGAGCUGCUGGGAAGUAUCCUCAAAGAGAAAUCUUCAUGCCUGCUUAAGAACGGCGAGCCCAUGAUUAUCCUGGCAAAAGAGAAGGAGGAACCCUGGAGCAAUUUGCUGAAGCUCAAAAACUCCAAUGUGACAUAUGAUUUUGAUUACUUGGAAGACUCUGAAGAAAAAAAACCCUUUCCUGUUGGCACAGGUCCUAAAAGGGUGUAUCAGUUUGCUGCAGAGGACGAAGAAGAAGAGGAUCAGUCAUCCAAAGACAGUGACACAGACAGCGAUGAUUUGUCUGCCUAUUAAUUUAGGCUCAGAAUUAGAGACUGAGAUUGUCUUUCAGUCUUUACUCACGGAGGACUCCAUAGAACCUUUCAGACUUAAAGGUGCUGUUUU